GCGUUUAUCGAGUAAAAAAGACAUCAUUUGGCAGUAAUUCGCGCGGGAUCGAGAGGCUGUUAAGUAGUUUUGUUUGCAUCCGCAAUACUGGUUUGUGUAUAACCAACGCUUUGUGUAGUUUUGUGAUCCGGUGGUCUUAUUCUUGGUGCUUUGUGUUCAGUUGAUUCUUAGUUAUAUUGAUAGUAAUGGAUAUAGAUACCUGGACUCCGGAGUAUUUUGCCGAGAACGUGGCACAAUGUGAGGAAUACUUGAUCAGACAGGAAGUGCGUGAUAGAAUUCCACUUUUGAAUUGUACACAUCUGCACGAUUUACGGGACAACACAUUAGUUAGAUUCCGAGGAAUGAUCCAAGAUAUGCAAGAUCCCGAAUGUUAUUUAGAAAGGUAUGAGGUGCGCCGAAAAGAAAACAACGAAGUAGUACGGGUACAGAAUGGUAAAUAUCGCGAUAUUCUGGUGAUAAAUAAGGAUACCGAGUCGAUCGAUUUUAAAGCUGCCUACAAUCAUUACGGCGAACGACGAUCGAUGUUCGUCAUAUCAAUCCCAGCCUAUAAUAGCUGGGCGCUAGAACAUGAAGCAAAGGUAAAUGGGAGAAAUCAACCUAAUUUGCGGAGUAUGUCCUCUCAUGGUUCAGGUUGUAACAAACGUACACUUGAAACGGACGAGGAAGUGAUGGAAACUGACGAUGAUGAUACAGAGAAAAUCCUGAUCAAGAAACCUUCGAUCCCCGCAGAAACAUCUUUCUGCUCUGUUGUAGGAAACAGUUCUUCGACGGGUUCUUGUUCUAAUAAAUGUAACAGGAAAAUUAUUUCGGCAGAAUAUUUGCUUAAUUCUCCCAUCUCCGAAAGACCUAGCAAAGCGUGUUUGGUAAAAUUGUAUUCAGGCAUUGAAGAUUCAAAACUGAACACGUUGGUUGAUGUUAUAGGAUUUCUCUCAGUUGAUCCUGCACUGGAUGGAAGCACUGAUCAGAUUGAAGAUUUUGAAGAUGAAAUGUCGGAACACCAUACUACACAUCCUCCACCAUCACUCAUACCGCGAAUUCAUGCGGUUAGCGUACUAAAUUUGAAGCACGGUAACCCACUGUUACCAAUUAGUUCUGAUCAAUCUACCUGUAACAGUGCCAUCUGGAAGGAUAUUCAGAAUCUGUUGACACAGUGUCUGUUCGAGGACAAAAUAGCAGCCGAUUAUUUGCUCUGCCAUUUGAUAUCAACCGUUUACAUUCGUAACGAAUUGGAAUCACUUGGUCAAUUUAGUCUGAAUCUGGGGAAUAUCCCAAUAGAGGCAUUACCGGAUUAUACGAAGUGGCUGUACGAAAUACUCGAACUUCUGCUUCCAGCCAGUCAUUAUUUUCCAAUGACAUUGGAAAACAUGAACACAAGACAGUUUGUGCCAAAGAAGGAUUACACUACCAAUAAACUGACCAGUGGAUUGCUCCAACUGGCACCACAUACACAUUUGUUGUUAGAUGAAACCCGUUUACAAACGGGCAAGCUUGAAGCCAGUGGCGUGGAAGCAGUUCAAAGUAUUGCACAUCUUAUCAAAACGCAGAAGCUCAAAUAUAAUUUCCAAUUUUACCAACUGGAAUUUAAUGCAGAUGUUCCAGUACUAAUACUAAGCGAGGGAAAAAGCAUGCUUCCGUCCAAUUGCUAUCUGCCUAUGAUUCCGGAUGUGGAUGCAGUCAAACUGAUUGCGGAAACGCUGAAAGCUGGGAAGCAUUUCAUCCAACCGAAACUGAAUGACAUGCGUAACUUCCUCACACUACAGCGAAUUCAGGAGUUUGAUAUGAAAACUUUCGAUCCAGAAAUCAUUCAGAACGACUUUAUUCAGAUGCGUAAGGAAUCGGAUGCUUCGGCCGAAGAUUUGCAUUCGCUAUUGGUACUGGCUCGCCUUAUUGGUCUUUCCCGGGGCAAGAACAUGCUGGACCAGGACUGUUGGGAGUAUGCCAAGCAGCUGGAACGGGAACGAAAACAUCGAAUUGACACUUUAACUAAGCGGCCAAAUGAGCCAUAGUGUUGCCUAUAAUAGUGUGGGCUUUUAAUUUAAUAAAUUUAAUGAACUACAGUA